AUGGACGACAUCGUUGAGGAAGUUCUCCAAAACUGGGCACCAUCUGGAUCUGAGGAACGACUUCAGGACAGCAAGCAGAUCCAGGAUCUUUGUCAGACCCAGAAGUGGAGAGGACUUCAUGUGAAGGAGUUUGAAGGGAAAGGCCGUGGCGUAGUCACAACACGCAGAUUCCAAGCUGGGGAGGUGGUGUGUGACUACCACGGGACUGUCGUCAGAGCCAAAGAGGGAAAGAGAAUUCACCAGACCACCAGUGAAAGCGAGACGGGAUACAUGUUCUUUUUCCAAAACGCAAAGGGAGAAGGAUUUUGCAUUGACGCCCACUCAGAACACUGCAUUUGCCACCCAGGCAUGCAGACUCUGGGCAGACUCAUAAACCACUCCAAAAAGAGGGCCAACAUAAAGCCCAGGCACUGCACCUAUAAAAUAGAUGGAAAGGAAAAGGAUCAUGUCCUUUUCAUUGCCACCAGAGCUUUGGAGGUGGAUGAGGAAGUGAAAUUCGAUUAUGGAGUAAGUAAGAAGUCGUUUGGUGGAGAGGGUGAACAGCUCAACUGGCUCAACAAUGCAUAG